GGUCAUCAUUUGCCAGUAAAUGCGAAAGAUUUCCAGUCUUGUGAACAAUGUUCCGGCGGACAAAGUCAUGGACAGAAAAACAAAAAAGAGCCUGAGACCAUGACGGUCAAAAUUGGCUGUGGUCCUCGCCGCUUUGCGCUACUAUAUAUUAUGUGGAUAGACUAGCUAGCUAGAGUUGUUGGCGUUGUCUACCAAGCAAUGGAUCUUUGUCCUGACGAGUCCUAGCUAGUACCGGUCAUCAAUCAGUAAGGGAGAAGGAUACAGAAUGGCCGACAAUGAUGAUGACACAACGGCUAGUACGCCUCUGGGGAAGCGGCAGUCAAGUCGUCGGGACCGCCGUGCCGCUCGAGCUACGGAAACAGCGCAAGCAACGGAUGAUGUUGUAGUAGUUCGUGUCAGUAGUAAUAGUAAUAGAGGUCCUUCGGACGAGCUGGAACGACGGAUUGCUGCAUCAGUAGAACGACGCAAGAAAUCCAAUGUGGCAGCCGCGCUUCUGACGGUGGAUUUGAAGGAAUCGGAUUACAACGAGAUUUUGGGAACGUACGAGUAUUUGGAUCACACGGCCGACAUUCAGUUGCACAGUUGGGGGAAUUCACUAGGCGAAGCGCUGGAGGCGUUGGCAUUGGCGCUCUUUGGCUACAUGACCAAACUGAGUCUGAUCCAAGUGAAUGACCAAGACAGUGCCGACUUUGGAACGGACAGUUCCAUUUCGGCUCAUGAUCUGACCAGUUUGGUCUUUAACUUUCUACAAGAAUGGUUGUGCAUCUUUCACGAAUCCGGAUUUGUCCCAAGAACGGUUUGCGUACAAUCCGUCAAUCUAGAAACAUUCACGGUGGUCAGCUCGGGAAAGGGAGAAACCAUGAAAUCACACAAACAUGUACAAGGAACAGAAGUCAAGGCUGUCACAUACUCCAACCUGCAAGUCAUACCAGCCAAUAAUGAUGAUGAUGAUGAGUCGUCGCCACUAGAUACCACUGGGAGGUGGGACAUUUGGGUGAUUCUUGACAUUUAAUUUGAGCAAAUAGAAACAGAUGUCAGGGAUGAAAGGGAGGGCAUCAUUGAUAGGCAGGCAGGCUGGCAAAUAGUUGAGAAUCCAGAAAGCAAAUCAACCAACGCUAAGACGACGGCACAUCAGAGAAAAGAUGUGUGUGAUUGUUUAUGAGUUCCUGCUCUGCUAUGCACUAGUAUGCUGUGCUUGAGAGGAACAAGGACAUGCGGAAAUUGUAGAGUGCUGAUGUAUCGAGCAUGGUUGUCCUGGCCUGAGGGAAUGGUUGUGCCCAGAAUAGCAAAUCAACAAUGUACUAGUACUCUGCAAAUCUGUGUCCUCAAGAUCCUGGUCUCUAGAGUUCGCCCCAAUGGAACAGGAACCCUUUGAUGUUCCAAAUAACUAACAAAUAACUAACUGUGAGCCUCCUCGAUUGUUUCAUUGAGGCCAACUUUAGCUAGCUGACACUGGUAGUUCUCUUUGGAGACGAAAAUUCAACCUACGA